UAAAAUGGCGGAAGAUGGGAAGGCAAAACUGGGUUCGUCUGAUAGAUUUGUCCAAGCUCAGGGUGCUCAUGGCUUGCAUUGCAAAGUGAUUGAUAAGCUAGGGAAAGGAAAUAGGUUAACAGAGAAAACUACAGAGUUUCCAGAGUUGACAGUUCUCUUGGAAAACUGCACUGCCGCAUCACUUAACGUAGGUCUUGAGUGCUGUAUGUCUUUGGUGCUCCUUGCAAGAGAUGGAAAAGCAGAUUUGGAGUACAUCUUAACAAAAUUUCUCAACAUUUUACCAACUKCCAGCAACAAGACUGGUAUAAUUCAAAGCAUUAGCCAUCUGCUAGUUUAUCAAGUUGCCAUAGUUGAAAGUGAAAAUGGUGUCUACCACUGCCCAUACGGUAUCAGGACRCAUCCACAUCCAUUUGUAACAAUCCUUACAAAUGAUCCAUCGUAUGGAUUUGUAYUACUGGMUCAAGCAGAACUCCUCCUUAAUGGUGCCUAUGUUGGUUCACAAUGUGGCUCAAGAAGUGUUUUUCAAAUGCUAAAGCCAUUCUUUACCUUUAUAUUGGGAGAUACUAGAGGUACUGUUGAUUAUUCUCUAAGGUAUAAGCUGCAGUCUAUAUUACUGGAUUCUGCUAUCAUGGAGACCAAUCAAGAAGAAAAKGUGGACCUCUUGACAAUGAUUUUGGAAUUUCUUGUUAGUAUCAUGGCCUUUUAUAAGUGUGAUGUCAAGAAUAUUGGGUACUGCUCUGCUCUCAUUCAUCAAUUAGCGCAAUGGAUUWUGGGACACAURGAUACCUUCCCAUCAUCACCUGCAAACCAGUUUAUAGUUGACGUGCUGAUAAAAAUUGUGGAUCAGCUUCUAUGCCUGACUUUUGAAAAGAUACAAAAUGGCCAUGAUGUUUCCUCAACAUUGUUACUUCUUCACAAGGUUCAAAAUUGUUUUCCAAAGGUGUUUGCCAAGCCAAGAAUUAUUUGGGCAUUAAAUGCUCUACUGCUUGAGUCUCCUGUUUUCUACAUAAACCUGAUUUUAUCACUGUGGAAAAAGAUAAUUGACAAAUUGAACUCACACUGGAAUAUCCGAGCUGCAAGCCUUGGAGCAUUGRUUCCAUUACUUCAAAUAAUGUCAUCCCAAACUGUUUCAUCUUUACUUGGUAGUCACAAGAGUGUAAAACGGCUGGCUUCACAAUGCUUUGUGGAGUUAGACCCUUUUAAUUCAUCUAAAAAUACACCAGACAGCUUGCAUUGUCAGGAAAUUACAACAGCAGUAGAAAAUACAAUACUACCUGGAAAACAGUUGAUAGAAAUGGAAUYAUGUGCAGUUCUUGCUGAUAGAAUUUUCAGGGACAACAAGUCUGCUCUCAUGUGGCUGAAAUCAUUGAACUCAUCACUCUCCUAUGGUAGCAGACCUCACAGUUACAUUCCUUUGUUGAUUGGAUCUCUUCUUGUCACCACUGAUGAUUAUCUUUGUAGCGAGGUCCUAAAUGUUGUUAAAAUUAUUGUGAAAUUAGCACCUCCACAGGCACUUUUGUUCCUUCCWCUCUUUCUAUGCAAGUUGGGCCAAGAACCACAAUCUAGUCUGAAGCUCAAAUUUCUUUAUGCAAUUCCUGAUCUUGCUAUUCAUAAGAUUUCUGUUGGUCCAAUCUUGAAGACAAUCCAAAGCCUCUCUGUUUCACCCUCAUUAAGGUCGAUUACUUUAAGAUUGUUACUGAAACUUUGGUAUCAACAGAAGAGGGUUUUUCCUCACCUCCAGAAAGCAAUUCUUAGAGAUGAUCAGGAUAUCAAGUACAAAGACAUACUGGUAGAAUUACAGAUUGCUAAGGCUGCUACAAUAAGAGAUAUCUGUAAACAUAGCCCAUCUCAACAUGGUCCUGAUCUCCUUGGUGUACUUUCAUCACUAAUUGACAAGAACAUUCAUUAUAAUCAMACUAAUGCUGCAUCAGUUCUGGUCAUUACCCUUGCUUUGGAUGGUAUCAAAUACCUAUGUGAAGCUGAGGUAGUUGAUUUGUGUACCGCAUGGAAAGUGCUUKCUCCUAAGCUAUCUCAAGAUGAAAGGCCACYGGUUAUUAAAGCAUUGUGURAACUCUUUUCACUGAUACCAAAUCUAGAGACUGAUACUGCCGAGUAUGAGGAGUUCAAAAUGGAUGCUUUGUCUUAUUUAUGGAAAGCAACACAACAUGAGGUUAUGUCUGUAGCUGGAGCAGCAUUUAAUGCUCUUUCAAACUAUAAAGUUAUCGAUUUCAAACUUCACCAUAUUCCAGAAAGGAUAUCUAGUCCAAUAAAAGCAAAGUUGUUGUCCAAAAAAGCUACUACUGCAUUAUCAGAGGAGGAAUUGCAUACUCUUGAACAUGAUAUCAACAUGUCGUCCCCACCAGGUUCAUUAUACUUGGUACUGAUAACAGGAAUACAUGAAAACACUUUGACAGCUUACCAGAAUUUCUUAACGUCUUUAAUAAGACAAGAAUCCUUAUCCAUACCUCGUGGUAUUGCCCACAAUGCAACAAGAGGGAAUCAGUCACAUGACAGGUCUUUGAGAGGAAUCYCAUCAUUCCUUGAGACUCAGUAUGAAAAGUCUAAGACACCAGGCCUUAAUACUGGACUUGCAGUUGGUCUGCUGUUUUCAUACGAGCCUCCUUUUGAACAGCAUGAAGGCAAAAGAGCUCGACGAUACCACUUAAACUCUGCUCGUAGUUAUAAACACAUGUUAGAAUCCUUGUUACAUGAGAUUCCCAUCCAACCCUCUGAAUGGCACAGAAAUCUACUUCUACCUCAAGCAUGGACAUCUUUUAUGACAAGACUUUAUCAUGCCAGUGUACAGGGUCGCAAGAGUGAAAUUCUAAUGCAGUGCAGUCACGGUCACAUCGAAGACGAAAAUGAAGCCACUGAGAAACAAAACAAUGCAUGGCUUUGGGCAAGAGACACCUUAACAGAACAGCUGCAGUCUGCCUCUCGUGGCAAUCCUUCUGUGCAAGGAAAUUCAGUMUUAGCAUUAGCUGGUCUAGCUGUAGCAGUGUCUACAUAUGUAUCUCAKCAAUCAACCACCAACCAAUCAGAGUCUACAGGAGAUGAACGUCAGCGUACUCGUGAAUGGCUGUGUGUUGUUGCUGAUACACUAAUGGUUGUGCUGGAUGGCAACUACAAGGCUCAAACUGCCCCUCUCACCUGGUGUCAGCAGGUAUCAUCUCCUACAUCUACAGCAAGCUCCUUGCUAGCACGCUCCUGUGCUGCCUUGUCCCUGUCCCAAUUGGUCCCUGUCCUUGUGACUCUUGACCCUGAUAGGAUCAAAGUGUUCAAUGAAGCACUUAAAGUUAGAGUUCCAGGACAGCCAAAGGCUGGUAGUUCUUCUGUUAUACAACUUCACUGUAGUUUAGGUCUUGGUUUAUUGUUGAGUAAACUUUAUGAGGAACAUUUUAGUGAACUUUCAGGCAAUGAGGGWUAUAUCAUGAUGACAACUGCUCUCGAUGUUCUUGAAACUGCAGCUUUCUCCCAAGAGCUUGAAAAUAGGGAAGGUGCAUCUCUUGGUAUUGGUCUUGCUCUGUCAUCACUAUGCAAAGAAAACAUAGUUGACUCAAGAGUACAUCUUUUGACRAUGCAUCAGCAUCUAAAGGACUUCCUGGGUAAUUACAACAAGGAGCCUAAUCAGACAUUACAGACCACGUGUUUUAGUUUCUCUCUAGUGACUGCCAAUGCAUAUCAUACAGGCAUUAUUUCUGGUGAAGAAGCCAGCAAGUGUGUAGAAAUAUUAAAAGAUUUGACUAGUAAACACUGUGAGUCAGUUGGUGUGUCGCUUUCCCUUGGUCUCCUUCUUCAUGCCCUACUUAUUGGCGGUCAUGCAAAUGUGAAGGUUAUCUUAAUGGAGAAGUUCCAAGAGUGGGAAUCAUUUAUAGAAAACAAGGAUAUUCCUACUUUGCAACGACUUGCUGSUGUGAACGGMAUCAUGGGACUGCUUGGGUCAGAGCAAGGAUUCUUUCAGGUUGAUAGCUCUUCUGAUGAUCUAGAAACAGUUUUUGAGGGAAAAGCUGCAAGCAUCUUGAAGAUACUGAAGAGUUUAAUUUCAUCUCCACAAGAUGUUGGUUUAGCGUCAAAUAUUGCAUGGCUAUUAGGUCAUGUGUAUUCCUCUACAACCUCAAGCCCCAUUACAAGAACAAGUGUGCCGGCGAACUACAGUUACUUACCCGAGACAAGCAGCCUACGCGGUACCUUCGACUAUCUCGUAGAUGCUGGUAAAACAGGUCCGCAUUUACAGUUCGCUGGUGACGUUGUUAAUUACGUGUUAGUUGCCUUGGUAAAUGGUCCUCAGGGGGUACUCCCCCCGGUGAACUGGGCUUCUGUCCUGGGUCCUAUUAUGAGAAGUGGAUUCGGCGAGGAAGCAAGUCGCUUGUGUCUUCAAUUCGCCAUCAAACAAGCGACAUCAUCGUYAAGUCUGACGUCUUUCCUGUCUUCUUGGCUUAGUACUGGUCUUUUUAGCGGCUUACAGAAUGCAUGUCAAAAGGAACUCUUCCAGUCCCUGUCCAAAUUGAUAUUCGUUGUGCCCUCGGCACGAGUUCAAGAGUUUCUCAAAGGACCUGUAGUCAAUGGCUUUGACCAAGAAAAGAUAUGUCACCAGAAUUCUGUCGUCAUUCGAUGUCAUUUAGUCAGUAGUGGACAGGCACCAAUCAAAUGGCUUAAUUCAUGUGUCACGUGGCUUCUGAAGUUAACCAAUCAAGAGUCUUCUAAUGUGAUGUUAUGGACGAUGGUAAAGUCAUUGUUUUCAUUAANGGAAUCCAAACACCAUAACGUGGAUGAGCAAUUAGCAUGGUUCACGGACGUGCUGAGCCAAAUCAAAAUAUCAGUCACGAGCAGCCAGGGUACAGCUGAGACAUUGAGGCGUGGUCUAGCCCUUAUGUCUGGCAUUGGAAUCAGCUUCUCGCGAAGUCAUGGAAUAUUUAACAUUGAAAGUCAUUCAACAAGCAAAUCAUCGCCUGACGUCACAUGUGAUGAUCAAGUCGUUAUCGAGAGAAACGUGAAGGCUCUUGUGCGYCAAUUUCCCUGUAGCAURGUUGACUURAUGYACAUGGACCAUUGGACACAUGUUAUUGAUAAGCUUCUAGAAUGGUUGUUUGUUGUCCACAAGUCUCCUGUUGUGCAAGAAAGUAGCAGCCUAAAAGUCGUCCUUGAAGAAUGCAUCGUUGCUUUCAAAGACUCCGAACCAUUCAAAAAGAUGUCAACUUGGACGGAAGCCUUAUCAAGAACCGAAAGAACUUUCAAUUGUUAGACAGUGAUGACGUAUAGCGUAGAUAAGGUAUGAUAGAUCAAACAACUGUACUGUACCUACGCUAGAUAGAUAUAGAAUAGUUGAUAAAAAACUGUGGACAAUUUACCAUCACUGAAGUAGCCACUUUGUCUCGCCAGCUUUUUAAAAGAAAUACUGGGACAGUUAAACGAAGUAACUUUAUACGGGCACUUGGUACUCAGUCGAUUAAAGGAGUCUUUGUUGACUAUAAAACUAAAUAUUUAUAAAGUAGAAGUUGAUUUAGCAACCGAAAGAUCAACAACAAAAUCAUAAGAUUGUCAAUUUAUUCGCUGUCUGUCGAGGUAAUAAACCAGUUUUUUAUGAAA